AUGUCCGUCUCGACCCAUCUGCCCACGUCGCAGCGGGCUAUCGUGGCCAGCGACAAGCUCGACUACUGUAUACGUGAGGAUGUACCCCUGCCGCCUAUCAGACAUGACUCGGUCAUCAUCAAGACCGAGGCCGUGAGCUUGAACCCAGUAGAUACCAAGAUGGUAGGACCGUUCGUUACGCCGGGCGCUAUCUACGGUACCGAUGCUUCGGGUGUAGUUGUGGCUAUCGGUGCCGUCGUGGCCUCCUCCAACCGCCUGAAGAUCGGAGACCGCGUGUGCGGUGCCACCGAGGGCAUGGAGGGCCUACGACCCCAGAGCGGUACCUUCGCCGAGUACGUGUCGCUCGACGGUGGUAUGGCCUUGAAGAUGCCCGACAACAUGAGCUUCGAGGUCGGGGCCGGCAUGGGCCUGCGCAUCGCGACCUCGGGGAUGGCCUUAUUCUACUCGCUAGGUAUACCAGCACAGCUGCUCAAGACACCCGCCAAGGAGCCCUUCGAUGUGCUCGUCUACGGUGGUGCCACCGCCACUGGCACCAUGGCCAUCCAGUUGCUCAAGCGCUGCGGUUUGCGCGUCAUCACAACAUGCUCGCCGCGCAAUUUCGACCUGGUCAAGUCCUACGGCGCCGAUGAGUGCUUCGACUACAACAAGCCCGCGUGUGGCGCGGAUAUCCGCGCCUUUACCAACAACGUGCUCGACUACGCACUUGAUUGCAUCACCGAGGAGAGCACAAUACAAAUAUGCUACCAGGCUCUCGGCCGUUGUGCCGGUAAAUAUGUCGGCCUGGAGCCGUACCCGGAGCGUACCGCCGACCGCCGCACGGUUCGGCCGGACUGGAUACUAAGCUCGUGGAUGAGGGGACUGCCGUGCAGCUGGCCCGGGCCCUUUGGCACAGAGGGCAUGCCAGCUGCGCGCGAAUUCGCCACGUCCUUCUUCCCAACCAUCCAUCAGAUGUUCACGGCCGGAGAGCUCAGGGAGCACCCGACUCGGACUGAAACUGACGGGUUCGAGGGCCUGCUGGAAGGCGUGAAUCUGCUGCGCAAGGGCAAGGUGAGCGGUCGGAAGUUGGUCUACCGCACCGCAGAGCGCAGAGCAGUCGCCGCUUCGGCCUGA